AAAAUAUCUUUAAAUCCUUGUAAAAUUGUUCAACGCUGUUCACUUCAUUUUUAAUAUGGAAAUGGAAAUAGAAAACGAACCUAAAGAUCAAAACAUUAGAAAAAUCGAAGACGUCAUAGACUUGCAGAAAGCUAAAGGAACUUACAAUUCCAGGCAAGUCGCCUUUGCUUUACCAUCAGAAUCAGAGAGCACGGUAUCUGCAAAUGUAGCGAAGAGUUUAGAAACUGGGCUAUCGGAUUCGAAAUCUAAAAGUUGCAGUAAGAAGCAAUUCAAAAAGGCUCGUCAAAAGGGGCAAGUGUUUGAUGUAGUGUCUUGGCCUAGUGAUUCCGACAUCACUGUACUGAGGAUGAAGCUUAUGGACGCGAUGAAUUUGAAGGGUAAUGUGUCUAAUAUUGUAACAGGGGAUGGCCUUCAUCAACCGGAUAGCUCCUCAAUGGUUAACCUGGCAACACUGAUACUUCAAUCUCAAACUCCUUCGAAGCACAGCGUCUUGGAAGAGUACUUGGUGCCUCUAACUUCUUGGGAAGAGAAGAAUCCUGAAGCUAAAGUGUCCUUCGAUGAAAAAGAACCAAAUGAAGAAAUAACAGUUUUCCGCAGUGUUACGCAAGAAGCAAUUUCUUUUAUCAAAAAGAAGUACCAUUCUUCUGAAGCUCUUAGCUCAAGGGACAGCGGUUAUUUCGCGAAUAAACCGAAAAAGUGCAGAAUCGCUAGAUUUUUCCGUCUCUACUUUUGUCCUUGUUGCUCAUGCCUUUACGAAAUUGAGAGGAUGCGGCAAACAUCAUCAGAAGCCUGAAGUAAGAAGACACGGUAUCUCCUAUGGCUCUGCAGUGAAUCGUUAGUAAGUUCCUUUUGUACAUAAUUUCACUGUUGUAUUUUUUUUUUGUUGUCUUUACUUUUGUGUUGGCUUCACAAUAUGAAACGUACCAAACAAACG